UCUUCCCAGCCGUCUUGGACUACACGAAUGUCUCAAACUACCAAACAUUCUUUCGUUUGAAGGUUUGUGACCAGCACGUACUCUUCUUCCGACCAUCCGCAGAGGACCGACCUGGUGGUUGACCCAACAAUACGACGGCAUGGUAGUUCUGCCUCCGCUAAGCAAGGAUCCCUACGUCCUGGCUUACAGGUAUCGGGAGUACAUGGCGCAAAAGCCCAGGCGCCCGCGCGAAAGCAAUAAUGCCUACCACGAGACCCUACUGGCGAACCAACCCGACCCGGCUCGAGAUGCCACAGAUGCGAGAUCUCGUGCGAUCCGAUACGCAAAGGAGCACCACGAAUGCUACUAUGAGAUAAAACAUAUCAAUAUGAUUGUGCAAAUGCUGGACGACAGAGAGGCACAGUAGCACCCUGGAGAGACUUGCAAUACUCAGCAACAGCUCGACACAGCAAACCAACCGGAAGAUACCCGAUCCUACCCGCAGUAUUCUCAAAGGAUCGAGCUCCAAUAAUUUUCCUGGUGGCAAUUCAUUGAUCCUAUCUGCAGUUGUUGAAAGAAGCUUCCCGCAAUUACAUUCCAGAGCUGGCGACGGAUGCGGAACCGAGGCCUCGACUGACCUCACAAAAACCUCACGCAAACUAUC